AUGCGGACAUACACAGGAGAGAAACUCCAUGAGCGCAGUAGUUGUGGGAGGGCCUUCAGUUUUAAUUCACAACUCAUUAUACACCAGGGAAUUCACACAGGAGAGAGCCCCUAUGAAUGCCAUGAAUGUGGGAAAGCCUUCAGUUGGAAAUACCAGCUCAUUUCACACCAGAGAAGUCAUGCAGGACAGAAACCCUAUGGGUGUGAUGAAUGUGGGAGAGCUUUUGGUUUGAAGUCACAGCUCAUUGUACAUCAAAAAACUCACACACGGGCUGGGGAUAAACCAUAUGAAUGCAGUGAAUGUCAGAAAGCCUUCAAUACAAAGUCAAAUCUUAUGGUACAUCAGAGAACUCACACAGGAGAGAAACCCUAUAUCUGUACUGACUGUGGGAAAGCCUUCACAUUCAAUUUGAAGUCACAGCUCAUUGUGCAUCAGAGAAGUCACACAGGAGUGAAACCUUAUGUGUGCAAUGAAUGUAGCAAGGCUUUCAGGAGUAAGUCCUACCUCAUUAUACACAUGCAGACACACACAGGAGAGAAGCCACAUGCCUGCACUGAAUGUGGGAAGUCCUUUACUUUCCAUUCACGGUUAAUUUUGCAUCAUAGAAUUCAUACAGGAGAAAAACCCUUUGAAUGCAGGGAAUGUGGGAAAACUUUUAAUAGGAAAGACCAGCUCAUUGCACAUCAGCAAACUCAUGCAGGCGAAAAACCCUAUGUAUGUAGCAAAUGUGGGAAAGCCUUCAGCAGCAGGUCAUACCUCAUUAUACAUAUGCGGCCUCAUUCAGGAAAGAAACCAUAUGCAUGUAGUGAAUGUGGGAAAGCCUUCAUUUGGAAGUCACUACUCCUUGUACAUGAGUGAACUCAUGUAGGGCAAAACCCUUAUAAAUGCAAUCAGUGUAAGAAGUUCUUCAGUGGGAAAUUACAGCUUGUCAUACAUCAGAGAAUGCACAUACGAGAGAAACCCUAUGUGUGUAGUGAGUGUGAUAAAGCCUUCAUUAGUGGAACACCUGCCACUUCCAUGCACUUUAAGUUGGCUGGUACAGAGCUGGCAGUGGUGGUGGAUGGCCCAGGGACUUUUGCCCCAGAUUCAGGGAAGCUGCUGGUGCCCACUGUACAAGUUGGAGGGUGGUGGGUCAGGCAGGCUGUCACUGCCUCCGCCCAGCUCAGUUUCAUGGGACAGGUUGACAAUCACUACCCUAAAAGCAGGCUCCUUGAAAGCCUAAAGACAUGUCCAAUAAUUUUCCCAAAGAUCCUAAAAAAGGAUCCUCUCCCGGGGGCACAAACCGUCUUCACUGACGGGGCCAAAAAAGGAUUUGCUGUCGUUUCAGAUGGGACCCAAGUCAUCCGCAAGAGAGUGGCCGAUUGUUUGGCCCAAAAAGUGGAGGUUGCAGCCUUAAUAUUGGCCUUACAGACCUAUAGCUCGGUGCCCCUUAAUGUUUUCACAGACAGUCUCUAUAUCGCCAGGCUCGCCUCCGCGAUUGAGACGGCACCUUAUAUUGGAAAACAAUCCACUAUCAUGGAUCAACUACAAAUAGUGCAGCUUCUUAUAUGGGCUAGGCAGACCCCCUCUUCAUAG